GAAAAUUUUGUUAUUUUUGUUUUGUAGUAAUUAUACUAACAAAUAUAAUAGGCCUAUUUUUAUAAGGAUGUCAGUUGACAUCAAACAUUUUAUAAUCUCUAUUAGCCAGCUGGUCAGCAUGACUUGAUAUCACAUCACAAGUAAAGUAAUAGUGAACACCUGGUCCAGACUCAAGCAACAGAAACAGAGCCCAAAGUAAGUGACAGAAUGGUAUGAGAGAAAUGAUAAAAGUUAAAAUAAAAUUUAAUGAAAAAUUUUGUAAUUCAAAGUAAAAUAUUCCAAAGGCUCAGAAAUAGAGUAAACAAUAUCUUAUACAAGCAUUGCAGAUAAUUUUGGCUUGGUAUGAUUGUGAUAUUGUAGAUGUUUUGUUUUUAGCUAUAGUAGUAAAAUAAUAUGAGCUUUAUGUUUUAACACAUUCUCACCUGCAAUUCAGAUAUUGAAGAUCUAGAUAAAUUAUACAGUGCUGAAAAACAUUGCCGAGAUUAUGAUAUGUUUGUUGAUUGUUUAAGUAGUAUUACUAGUCAAUGCAUAGUUUUUGGCUUUGAUACAGCAAAAGGAAUAAAAGAUGACAUAUGUAGUACAGAUUGUCAAAGAACAUUAGCAGAGCUCAAUGGACAAAAUGAUAUAAUAUCAUGCAGUUUUAUGAAACAAUAUAAAGAUAAAUUACAAAGGUGUGGUGCUUACAGAGGUAGCAUGAAACAAACUUUGGAGAAUAUUCAAUGUAAAAAAGACACUGGAAGUAAUGGAGGAUCAACUGGAGGAAACAAUGGUGGGUCGAAUGGGGGAAACAAUGGAGGAUCCAAUGGAGGAAACAAUGGAGGGUCGAAUGGCGGAAACAAUGGAGGAUCCAAUGGAGGAAACAAUGGAGGGUCUAAUGGGGGAAACAAUAAAGGAUUCAAUGAAGAACCUAGUGGAGCAGCUAAACAAUCUACUGAAAUCACUAUGCUUUUUAUUUUAAUGGCAAUAAUUAAAUAUUUGUUUUAAAAAAACAGAAUGUGUCUGUAAAAUGUGACUAAUCAGUCUGAAUUUUUCCCCCUAUAGACUGCAUAUAUGUAUAUAGAAAACUUUUAUCUACCAAUGUAAAUGUGUAUGACUUAUGGCUUUUGUUAAAUUUUCUAUGAAUUAAAAAGAAAUAGGGUUUACUCGAUCAAAUUGCCAAU